AUGGUCAAUUUCAGCAACAAGGAAAUCGAUUUCAGGGUAAUCAGACUAAUGGGCAACAAGGUUUUCAACCACAAGGCUACUGCAAUUACACUCUCUUUAGCAGAUCGUUCGAUUAAAGUACCCAGAGGAGUAGUGGAAGAUGUUUUGGUGCAAGUUGAAAAGUUCUACUACCCAGUGGACUUUGUGGUGUUAGAUACAGAACCGUUGAAAAAAUGUGUGAAUUAUGUUCCAAUUAUUCUUGGGAGACCCUUCCUUGCUACGGCCAAUGCUCUCAUUAACUAUCGGAAUGGAUUAAUGCAGUUAUCUUUUGGGAACAUGACAAUAGAAAUGAAUGUUUUCAAUUUAUGCAAGCAACCAAUGAACCAUGAUGAUGUGGAAGAUAAGGAAGCAUGCCUUAUAGAGGCCUUGGUGCAAAAACACACAGAAAAGUUAAUUGAAGAAAAUAUAGAUGAUUUUUUCUCUACAAUCGUUAAAGAAGAAUGUAUCGAAGUUGCUACAAAGUGGAAAGAAAAAUGUACCAUUCAAUCUUUUAACAGUGUUGAGAAUGAUGAAGAAAACAAAAAUGAGGAGGUUGAGAUCAGCAAACCAGAGUUAAAGCCCCAACCACAUGGUUUAAAGUAUGUUUAUUUAGAGGAAAAUGAAGAAAAACUUGUGGUCAUUUCAGAUUUGAAAGGGAUAAAUCCCUUGAUUUGCACGCAUCAUAUUUAUUUGGAAGAGAAUGCAAAACCAGUAAGGCAACCACAAAGAAGGUUAAAUCCCCUUAUGCAAGAUGUAGUCAGAAAUGAGGUAUUGAAGCUUUUAAAUGCAGGUGUUAUUUAUCCUAUCUCUGAUAGUAGUUGGGUGAGCCCCACUCAAGUAGUACCUAAGAAAAGUGGGAUAACUGUGGUGAAGAAUGAUGAAGAAGAGCUUAUUCCUACAAGGUUGACUAUAGGUUUUUAUAGGAAGUUCAUACAGGACUUCUCAAAAAUCUUUCAACCUCUUUGCGUUUUAUUGCUUAAGGAUGCAAAGUUCAUAUGGACUAAAGCAUGCCAAGAAGCUUUUGAGAGACUAAAGUCACUCCUCACUACUGCACCAAUUGUGAGACCUCCCAAUUGGUCUCUUCCAUUUGAGUUGAUGUGUGAUGCUAGUGACUAUGCAGUGGAAGCCAUACCAGGUCAAAGGGAGGAUGGAAAACCAUAUGUGGUGUAUUAUGCUAGUAAAACCCUCAAUGAUGCUCAGAACAACUACACAACUACUAAAAAUAAGCUCCUUGUAGUGGUGUUCGCACUCGAUAUAUUCAAGAACUACCUUUUGGGAACUUCAAUAGUAAUUUUUAAUGAUCAUUCGGCCUUGAAAUAUCUACUCAACAAAAAUGAUGCCAAAGCAAGACUUAUCAUAUGGAUCCUUCUUCUUCAAGAAUUUAACAUUCAAAUCAAGGAUAAGCAAGGGGUAGAGAAUGCAGUUGUUGAUCAUCUCUCUCGAGUUAAAGUAGAGCCACAUUUCUAG